CAGUUCACUCUCGAGCUCCUUCUGAUAACAUGUCUUUGUGAAGGCGAGGUGAAUCAAGCAAAAAUGCGCCUUUGCUGUUCAGUUCUUUUACUGGGGAUCUUUCUCCACGUAGGAGAAGGUGUAUUUUAUGGACCUCCUACUUAUUCAACUCUAUCAGCAACAAAACCUGGUCGUUGUCCAUGGUGGUCGUUGCUUAGAUGUAAUGAUCCUGGUCAAGGAUGCAGGAGUGACAUUGAAUGUCCAGGAACAGAUAAAUGUUGUAUAUAUGACUGUAAAGGCUACUUCUGUGCUGCUCCUGUACCUAAGGAAAAUGACCCUUGUAGGACUGUCAAGUGCAGGUACCAAGGAGAGAUAUGUGUGACAGAUAGCAACAACAACCCACGGUGCGUCUGUCCGCCAAAAUGUCCACCUGUCGCCUCCUCUCAGCGGGUGUGUGGAUCUGAUGGCAUUUCAUACUCCAGUGUCUGUGAUUUACAACUUACUGCUUGCAGUCUUGGCAUUACCAUCCAGGCCAGAUAUAGAGGCUUAUGUGGAGAGGGAGGAGAACCCAUUACUAAGCCACAACGUGACAAGACGACAACUUCUCCUCCUGUUGUUACCAUCGCAAGAACUACACCCAGGACUACCACUGCGUCAGUAUCAGGAGCUGGAGUUCAAACCCGAUGUCUCAAGCCUGCCAAACGAGGACGUUGUACACCAUACAGAGUCGAAGUAAGAUGGCACUUCAGUCAAGAGAAGAAGAACUGCGUUCCUUUUAUCUACUUGGGUUGCGCUGGAACAGACGUGAGCGAUGAAAACAACUUUGGAACAAAAGCCCAGUGUUUAUCUGUCUGCCAGAAGAAAGAAGCAACUAGAGAUAGUGCAUGUCCAAAAGUCACCCGACCAAACCGCUGCCCUGUUGGAGUUCGUGAUCAAUGUUCAAAUGAUGUCAACUGUCAAAUAGGGUUGAAAUGCUGCUCAAGCGGAUGCUUUUUAAGAUGCAUCAAACCUCCCCGUCCAGAUAAACCAGGUAGGUGUCCCAUACCAGAUGACGACUCUGACUGUGACGGCAUCAAACAAGAUGAUUGCAGUAGUGAUCAAGAUUGUAAAGAAAACUUGAAGUGUUGCAAACAAGGUUGUGGCCUCACGUGCGUUAGUCCAGCAAAACCAGAUAAGCGAUGCAAAACCAUACUAGAUGUCGCCUUCUUGAUCGAUUCUUCGGGAAGUAUCCGCCCAAGCCAUUGGAAAAUCAUGCUCACAUUUAUAAAACAAGUUGUCGAAGCUAUUGAGGUUUCGCAAGACGGUAGUCACGUGGCUGCCAUCUCAUACUCAUCCACUCCAACCGUCGAUUUCAAAUUUAACACUUUUACUGGAGCGAAACUGAAUCCAACAGAAAUCAAUAUCAAGAUCGAUAGCAUAAGACAUAAAAGACAUUACACCUACAUUGACAGGGCUCUUAAACUAGCCAAUCAAGAGCUCUUCACAACCGCUGGCGGGAUGAGAGAUUCCGUGAAAAAGAUAUUGAUUGUGACAACUGAUGGUUUCCAAACUAAACGAAAAAUGCACACAAAGCUGGACAAAGCUUCCCAACCUAUCAAGGAUAAAGGAGUUGAAGUCUUUGCCAUUGGUAUUGGCAGUGCGCUAAACGAGAAAGAGCUUCUGCAAAUAGCUUCCAAACCUUCCAAUGUUAUCAAAGUCAAGUCAUUUGAUGAUCUAUCCAAGUUAUACUAUAAAUUAACUCCACAAAUUUGCAAAGAGCCAGAACUCACUAAAUGUCAAACCCAAAAACGCUCAGCUUUGAGGAAUCGAAGUYCAGGUGACUUUGUCCCUCAUUGUAAACCAGAUGGGAGCUUUGACAAUGUGCAGUGCCACGGUGACGAAUGUUAUUGCGUAGACAAAAACGGAAAAGAGAUAUAUGGAACGCGAGCAAGACUUGAAGCCGGACAGCCACAAUGUUCAGCAGCAGCCAAAAAGGCGACGCCAUGUCAGGUAGCAUACACAAGGGCCCUUGAUAAUCGUGCUGUUGGCGCACACGUCCCAAGGUGUAAAAGUGACGGACGAUACGAGGAAGUCCAGUGUGAAGGUUCUUCUGGAUACUGCUGGUGCGUCGAUGCUCAAGGACAAGAAUUACCGGGUACAAGAACAAGACGUAGCAUCAAAUGCCCUCAUCCUGAUCACAAGCAGACCAAAUGUAUGAAGCGCUAUAUAGACUUGUCACGCAAUCCAGUUUCUGGUCAAUACAUCCCCUGGUGUAAACCUGAUGGCAGUUUCCACUGGAUCCAGUGUUACAGCUCAUAUUGCUUCUGCGUAGACAAGGACGGUAGCGAGUUGAGAGCAACAAGGCUUGACAACGCCGCAGGAAGACCAAAGUGUACCGAAAGAGGUGGAAUGUUAACCCCUUGCCAAAGAAGAUACCAACAGGCUCAGGCCAACCCAGGAGCCUACGCACCUCGAUGUCGAGCUGAUGGAAGCUUUGAAGAAGUACAAUGUGACCGUAGAAACAUGUUCUGUUGGUGUGUUGAUCAAUUUGGUAAYCAAAUCCCGAGGACUCGAAGCAGGGAACAAAUACGCUGCCCUCGACUCGGUGGAGUUGUCCCUCAAUGUUGGAAGGAAUACCAAAAAGCAUUGCGAGAUUAUCGACCUGGUCAGUUUGUACCAUGGUGCCAAAGUGAUGGAAAUUUCCGUCCCAUUCAAUGCCACGGAUUAUUCUGUUACUGCGUAGACAAAAAUGGACAAGAGAUAUCAGGAACUAGGACUUACAUUUACACUGGCAAGCCACAAUGCACUUAUAAGGCUGGUACACUGACUAAAUGUCAAAACCGUUACUGGGCAGCCAUCAACAACCCAACACCAGGAGUAUACACCCCUCAGUGUACACGAAACGGGGCUUAUGAACCAGUGCAGUGCAGUGUAUCAUCAGGAGAAUGUUGGUGUGUAGGACCUAAUGGAAACGAAAUACCCAAUACGCGUUCCAAAUCAGCUAUAACAUGCCCGAACAUCCUCUCGCGAGGACCGGCACUUGACAUUGGCUUUGUGAUAGACUCUUCUUCACCAGUCAACUGGGCUCAGGUGCAAAACUUUGCCAAGUGGGUCGUAGGAAAAACCACUGUCUCUGCUUACGGGGCACAUUUUGGAUUCAUACCAUACGCAGCAACGGCCAAGAUAGCAUUUGCCUUCAAUGCUUUGUCAGGGUCUAGUUAUAAGUCCGAAGCCGUUAAUACUCGUAUUGAUAACAUUCUGCAAGUUGGUGGUAAUGAAAGACGACUUGAUGUUGCUUUGAACUUGGCGUACAAUAGUUUGUUCACUACACAAGGAGGAGCAAGACGUGAAGCUAAAAAGAUACUCGUGGUUUUCAUUGGUGGUCCGCUAUCAGCUCAAUAUGCUGCAGCUCGGGCUCAAGUGACACGGCAACUUCAAGCUCUAGGAGUUCAAAUAAAGACCAUCAAUGUCGGCUCACAGUUGCCACCAAACUCCUACCCCACUGUUGAAAACCUAUUGCCAGUUGCGUCAAGCUGUAUCCAGCAAUACUAUCAAGCCAUACGUCAAUACUCAGCUGGGGCUUUUAUACCUCGCUGCAAACCAGAUGGAAGCUUCGAGAUGAUGCAGUGUCAUAAAUCGUAUUGCUACUGUGCUAACGAAAACGGAAUAGAAGUAGCAGGAACACGCCUAGAUGUCAAGUAUGGCACUCCACAUUGCCUACAUCUGGAGCCUGGAGCAACCUGUGAGAGAUGUGCACCCGGGACGUCACCAAUAAGAGCAACAUUGUCAGAAUGCCAAAAACGACGCCUUUCAAGGGCUGAGUCACAUGUACCCAACUGCAAACAAGAUGGAACAUACGAAGAAGUACAAUGUGAUCGGGUGACAAAACAGUGUUGGUGUGUGGAUAACACAGGAAGAGAAAUAUGGGGAACAAGGAGCAAGUCCGACAUCAGAUGUGCCCCAACAGGUGCUUCACUCACAAAAUGUCAACUUCAUCAUCAAAGAGUGCUACGCUCAUCAGAUCCCUCUUCAUACAUCCCUCGCUGUACCCCCGAAGGUGACUACGUCAAACAGCAAUGCUGGGGUGCAGAGUGCUUCUGUGUUGAUCAGACGGGUAGAAGAAUGGAUGGUACUUCGGUGAAAAUAUCCGAGGGUACACCAAACUGCGAAAAGAAACUCCAAAGGAGACCCCUGGAUCUCGCCAUUUUGGUUGACACAUCAGCUAGAAUUCCAACAUCUCAAUGGCAAGCUGUCCUAAACUUCGUCAAGACAAUAUUGGAUGGUUUUGAGGUUUCUAAUAACGGCACUCAUGUUGCUCUCGUACCCUUUGGUGAAAAAGCAAGCGCAACCUUAUUCUUCAACAAAAUCAAGCAUUGGAGCAGGGCCAAAGUAAAAGUAUACAUCGAUGCGAUAAAGCAGACGCCAGGCUCUCAGCGGAGAGUGGAUUUAGCUCUUCUUCAUGCCAAAACUAAAGUAUUCCAAGAAUUCGCUGGAAUGAGACCUGAAGCAAGAAAGGUAAUUUUGACGAUUGUAGUUGGCAGACAAUCUGCAGGCGUUACUCCAUUAACAGACCUUGUAAGUGACUUGGAACAAAGCGGCGUAAGCCUGUACUCCAUUGGCGUUCGAGGAGCAGCUUCUCUUCAGAGACUACRAAUGAUGGCAUCAGGACCUCAAUUUGCCCGAGAAGCCACCAUUGCAAACAUGGCAGACCAAGCGCCCUAUUAUAUUAAUUCUAUCAGAAGAAGUCUAAGCCCAAGAAUGGACAUUGGAUUUGUGGUUGAUGCCUCAGCUAGAGUCAACUGGCCUCGAGUAAUCCAAUUUGCUAAAGCAAUGCUUCGCCAGUUUCACAUCUCUAACGAUGGAGACCAUGUCGGGUUUAUAACUUACAGCUUAACCCCAGCUCUUGGUUUCCGAUUCAAUACUCUCAGUGGGAGCGGUUACACAGUUAGCGGAGUCGAAGGUCUUAUUGACAAACUUGUACGUCUACAAGGUCAAGGCAGAAGACUGGACUUGGCAUUAGAUAUGGCUAAUCAACGAUUGUUCAGUGCAGCGGGUGGUGCAAGRCCUUAUGCAAAACAAGUCCUCAUUUUACUCUCAGGCGCUUCCUGGUCUCCACAACACCAACAAAGCAUACUAGCUGCUUCAGCAAGACUUGAACGCAAAGGAGUUAAAUUGUACUCUGUAGCAAUUGGCGCAGUCAACCCUUCCGAACAUUAUAACGUCACGAAAAACGAGAACAGAUACUUCCGUACAAUUGACUAUGACGAACUAGAAAGACUCGCUCCAAGGCUUGGACACAGUAUUAACAAACAGCCAAUGAUGCAUCUGUGUCAAAAAGAUAAUCAAGAACAAAAUAGGCUGAGUCAACCUGGUGAACAUAUAGCAAAAUGCAAGAGAACAGGCAUGUAUGAAGAAAUACAGUGUGAGCCAUCCUCAAGACGAUGUUGGUGUGUCGAUCCAAAUGGAAACGAAGUCCCUGGAACCAGGAGUAAUGGAAGAAUCAGUUGUCCAGCAAUUGGAGAAAGCCUUUCACACUGUCAGAAGCAGUACCAAAAAAAGAAUAGAAACUGGAUGCUGGCAAAGCGCCAGCUACCAUGGUGUAAGCAAAACGGUGAAUAUGAGACAAAACAGUGUUACAGAGAUUACUGCUUCUGUGUUAAUCAGUAUGGCGUUUAUCGAAGCAAAACCAAAGUGACCACUUCAGAAGGGAGAGCAGUAUGCGGAAGAACAGGACCAACAAAAUGCACAACGAAGCGAACUCUUGGAUUUCAAAAUCCUGGGGCCUUCGUGCCAAAAUGCAAUAAGGAUGGAAGCUUUAAAGAAACACAAUGCCACGAGUCUUACUGCUUCUGCGUAAACAGAGAUGGAAAAGAAAUCCCUGGCUCUCGUGUGGAUGUUGGGAGAGGGAAACCAAAUUGUAUGCCAUUUGACUCCGUUUUGACCAAAUGCUUGAAAGAUUCCCAAAGUUCACUGCUAUCCGGGGACCAAGUGCCAUGUUGUCAAAGAAACGGAAGUUACGAACCAGUUCAGUGUGACUCCGCUACCAAUGAAUGUUGGUGUGUUGAUGAGUCUGGUAGUGAAGUCAAUGGUACUAGAUCCACUGAAUACGUAUUAUGCAGAGGUAAAACAGUAUUAACAAACUGCGAAAGACAAUAUCAAGAAUACUGGAGGAAUACUCGUCAAGGACGCUAUCUACCUCGAUGCACUUCAGAUGGAAAAUACAAAAGGGUUCAGCACUAUGCUGGUAUAUCAUUCUGUGUUGACCAAAAUGGUAUCGCAAGAAGAGGGUUUGAAGUUAACACCUUGAGGGAUGGCUCAGCCCUGUGCAAGGAUAUCUCUCAAGAGCCCACCCAGUGCCAGAACGAAAGAAGGAAGGCUUUGCUCAACCCAAGAACUUCCGAAUCUGAUGUGAUUAUCAGCUGUCAACCGAAUGGUUCAUUUAGUCCUAUACAGUGCGACAAGUCUGUAGGUGACUGUUGGUGUGCUGAUAAGAAUGGCGUUGAAAUUCCUGGGACAAGAACAACUGGAAUYGUGCGAUGCCCUCAUGAUGAUAAAUACACACCGUGUGAAAAGAGAUUCCUUACAAGACGCGGGGCAUCCUUAGGGUACUGGUCUCAUACUCCAGUUUGCAACCGUGAUGGCAGUUAUCGUCAAGUUCAGUGCUCCCACAUGUCUGGUUUGUGCUGGUGUGUGGAUAGAAACGGCAAUCCACUUCUGGAAACAGUUGCAAGAGGAAUACCUAAUUGCCAAAGUCCAAAGCUAUUCACUCCCUGCCUCGAACAUAAGCAUCGUGUGCAAGGCCAUACCGGGUUGGCUCCUUUAGGUUCAUAUGUACCUCAGUGUAAAGACGAUGGCAGCUAUUUGAGGACACAAUGUCAUGGCGGUACGCCUUAUUGCUGGUGCGUUGAUGAAGAUGGUAAAGAGAGACCAGGAACCAGACAAAUGUCUCGACCUACCUGCGAUAAGGAUCCCCUUUCCAGAAAACAGAACGUUGACAUUGGGUUCCUUUUCGAUGUCUCAGGGAAAGUAAAACCAGAAGAUUUUCCCAAACAAAUUGCAUACGCCAAAGCUAUAUUAAAGGAAUUUUCUAUCGCUGAAGGAAGAACCCAUGUCGCAGCCGCGUCAUAUGGUGCACUGCAACCCGUAUCUAGUGCUGUCAGACACUUUUCUUUUAACAACCCAUUGUCAGGUAGCACAAGGACUCCAUCCAAUGUCAAUAAUCUCUUUAAUAAAAUCAAACACCAAAAUGGACCAUCAAGAAUUGGACGUGGUUUGCAACUUGUUAAGCAGCAACUAUUUAGCGCCCUUGGAGGAAUGCGUGUUGACAGCGAAAAGGUGUUAGUUGUGUAUCUUGGUGGCACCCAAAAAAGAGAUGGCAGGUCAAUAGCAAUUGACCAAGCCACAACAGGAUUAAGAUCAAAUAAUGUGAAGAUCUAUGUCUUGGGCCUAGUACCGAAUUACGAUCCCCAAAUUGCAAGACAAGUUGCGUCGAACAAGAGGAACGUGUAUCCUGAAAAUCAGAACGAUCAAAUGAAAGCUGCUAUUGUCAAGGGUUUGCAACCUUUAGUACCUGCUACUUUACCGACUGGCUUUCCUGAUCCAACACCAUCAACCCCAUGUCGCACACAAGUUUUCGAUUCAAUGAAAGUUCCUUUUACAACUGGGCGUUUCGUUCCUCGGUGUAGCAGGGAUGGUAAUUUUGAGGAGGUACAGUGCAGUGAAUGGUCAGGAGAAUGUUGGUGUGUCAACAAUAACGGAGCAGAAAUCGAAGGGACAAGAUCUAAAGACUUAGUCACUUGCUCUAGACAAAGAGAACGAUUUACUGAUUGUCAAAGAGAAUACCAGAAGUCAGAAAGGGAAAGACUCGUGCCUGGUCGCUUUAUUCCUCGUUGUACACCGAACGGUCGUUAUGAAGACAUACAGUGCCAGGAAGCAACUUGCUACUGUGUCAACAAAGACGGACAUGAAAUUCAUGGCACUAGAACAACCCUGCCAGAAAGACCAGACUGCUCCAAUAUAGGAGAUAAACCAACAGUAUGUCAAUACAAAUACCAAGUAUCCUCCCAGAACGCCGUGCCCGGUGCCUUUGUACCUCAGUGCUCACCAAAUGGUGGAUAUGACAAAAUUCAAUGUAGAGGAGCCUCAUGCUACUGUGUGGAUAAGAGAGGAAACGAAAUACCAGGAACUACGCUUCUAAUUGCCGACGGAACACCGAAGUGUGAUAACCCAGGAGAACAGCUUACACCAUGUCAGCGUAUUUUCCAAGAAAACUGGAAAAACUCCGCCCAAGGGCGAUAUGUUCCUCAGUGUGACAAGAAUGGCAACUUUGAGCCUGCUCAGUGUCAUGGACCGUAUUGCUUUUGCGUAGAUGAAAACGGAGCAGAAAUUAGAGGGACAAUGGUGCAGCAUUCUUUGUCUCUGCUACCAUACGAUGAUAAGUGUAAAAAUAUCCGAGGAAAACCUCUUGAUGACUGCCAACAGAAGCUACGAGACUACUCUCUUAACCCACCAAAGAGUGGUGACUACGAGCCCAGAUGUGAUAGGGAUGGAUUCGUAACAGUUCAAUGUGACCGCUUGGCAAAUAUUUGUUGGUGUGUAGACCGUAGUGGAAAUGAAAGACCCGGAACUCGACAAAAAGGACAUAAAAUAUCCUGUCCAGGCGAAGCAACCUACUUUUGUGGAGUUCGCAACCCAAAAGAUGUAGGAUCCUUGUAUACUUUCAUGAGCAAGUGCGACUCAGAUCAAGCUUUUAUGAAAGUUCAGUGUGAUUAUAGACAUGGUUACUGCUGGUGCUCUGAUAAGUUAGGCUAUGGAAUGCGAUGGACAGCAACACGUGGCACACCAAACUGCAAUCAAACUUCUGAGCCAAGUCCCUGUCAUAAACAUCUGAUGCGGGUACUUGGAAAUACUGGAAUAGUACCACCAGGUUAUCACAUGCCAAACUGCCGUAUUGAUGGUUCGUACAAUCCCGUUCAAUGCGAAGGCUCAACUCCCUAUUGUUGGUGUGUAAAUGAAAACGGACAUGAGUUACCUGGCACAAAGGAACUUGGACAGCCAAAAUGCCAAGAUAUCAAACCCUUUAGAACGCUUCCAGGCGUAAGGCUGCAAACAGUCCCCUCAAGAUGCCAUCAGGCACGCCAACAAGCUUUAGGACCAUUAGGAUUUCCACUUCCUGGGGCAUUUGUACCUGUAUGUAAGGCAGACGGAAGAUACAACAAAACACAGUGUCAUCACUCUAGUGGCUACUGCUGGUGUGUGAAUGAGUUGGGACAGGAACAACGUGGCGGUAGAAAACGAGGCCAACCCACGUGCAAACAGCCUGAACCACUUACUCCUUGCCGACGUGAUAGAAUAGAGGCUCUAGCUUGGUCUGGUCGCUUCAGGAUCGGCGCAUUCGUACCACGAUGCCGGAGCGAUGGGAGUUUCGAACCAGUACAAUGUUUGGAAUCUCCUGGACAAUGUUGGUGUGUCGAUAUCAACGGAAACGAACUAGCGGCUACAAGAGCCUUUGGACAAGUCACCUGUACAUCGCGUGAGGGAAAAACAACUUGCCAACGCGAACUGGAAGAAGUAAAAGAAUCUGGGGCAUCCGUUCAACGAACAUGUGAUGCUACUGGUCGAUAUGAGCGUGUGCAAUGUGACAACCCCACGAACCCGAAGGUCUGUUGGUGUGUAGAUCGAUAUGGAAGAGAAAUCCCAAGAACUAGGAAAAGAGGUCCAACCAAACCAACUUGCGAUUCAACAGCUGGCUUAUCGAAGUGCCAACUCGAGCGUCAACAUUUAUUGGGAUGGGCAGGAGAACCUUCUCCCGGCAAUUUUGUUCCCGAGUGUGAAGCUGACGGAUGCUACGCAGCUGUUCAGUGUCAUGGGUCCACUGGUUAUUGCUGGUGUGUAGACAGCAACGGGAAUCGAAUACCACAAACAACAAUACGAGGAAAACCCGUUUGUGAAAAAUCAUUACUGCUAUCGCCAUGCCAAAUUGAACGACAGCGUGCUCAAGGAUGGUCGGGAAUAAACAACGGAGUAUUCGCCCCAAGAUGUCGUCCGGACGGUUACUAUGAUACGGUUCAGUGUCAUGGAAACCAGUGCUGGUGUUCAGAUAUGUCAGGCUAUGAGCUCCCUAUUCCUCGAGUACCAUCUGGGCAAAAGCCGGACUGCUCUCAGCUCCCAAGUAACUUUACAACAUGCGAGAAAGAACGACAACGUAUUCUUGGCCUUCCUGGAUUUUCUGUUCCUCCCGCUGCCUUCGUCCCAGUUUGUAAAGCAGAUGGACAGUUCCGAGAAGUCCAGUGUAGUACGUCUACAGGAUAUUGUUGGUGCGUCGAUAGGAAUGGUAACCCAAUAUUCGGAACAGAAGUUAGAGAAGAACCUGUCUGCCAAGUGACAGAGGGUAGGACAAAAUGUCAAGAAGAACGAGCCCGUGCUAAAGGACCUCCUGGAACUCUUCCCAUCAAUGGAGCAUUUGUUCCUUCAUGUAACAGUAAUGGAGGAUACAAAAGAAAACAGUGUCACACGUCGACUAGUGAAUGUUGGUGCGUGGACAAAUUUGGCAACGAGGAAGCUGGUACUCGAGUACGUGGAAGCAACCUCUGGUGUGAUCCGCCAGCUGGUCUCAGCCGAUGCCUUAAGGAGCGUCGUCGCGCGCUGGGCUUCUCUGGAGGUGCAAUGCAAAAUCGAUUUAUGCCUUCUUGUAAGAAAGAUGGAUCUUACGAAGAAGUACAGUGUAGCGGAAAUAAUUACUGUUGGUGCGUGAAUAAGGAGGGAACCGAAGUCCUUGGUACAAGAAUAAAGGGUAAACCUACAUGUUUCUCUCCUACAGCUGUCCUUACAUCAUGCCAACGAGAGCAACGUGCUGCCCUUGGUUUCGAUGGUCCAUCUGUUGUAGGUGCCUACGUUCCUAAGUGCGACCAAAAUGGCAAUUACGAGUCAACUCAAUGCCAUUCAGGAACAGGACAAUGCUGGUGCGUGGACUUAAAUGGCAAAGAAAUAGACAACACCCGAGUGAGGGGUCGUCCAAAGGAUUGUGUCACCCAGCAAACUGGACCAGAUAGUACAGAAUGCGAACGUGAUCGACAGAGGGCCAUGGCUAGAGGAGAAACAGCUUACGUCCCUCAGUGCUUAGAUGACGGCAGGUUUGCACCGCUUCAAUGUUCAGCCGUUUACAAUAAGUGUUGGUGCGUAGACGUUAAUGGAAAUGUUUUGGCAGGAACUAAAGUCACUGGUACCAAUAGAACGUGUCCACCAAAAGUAUCUGCACCUACCAAAUGUGUUGAGAGUCGUCAACGUCUACUUAGAAGCCCUCAAAAAAGCGGCCAAUAUAUGCCAAAGUGUGACCAAGAUGGUGGCUACAAGCGUGUUCAAUGUCACUUAGCAUCUGGGUAUUGCUGGUGUGUUGGGCGUACUGGCAAGGAAUGGCCUGGCACUAGACAACGAGGUGGACGACCUGCAUGCGAAAACACAGCGGGCCUCACUCCCUGUCAAAAACAACGUUACGAUUCAUAUGGUUCCAACGGAAAGCUCUCCUCUGAUCGAUUCGUGCCAACAUGUAAUCGCCUAGGCAAGUAUAAUGCCGUGCAGUGUCUGGCAUCUACGGGUCAUUGUUGGUGCGUUGACAAGAAAGGCAACGAAAUUCGAGGUACAAGAACCAAAGGCUUCAGGCCAAUCUGCACCAAAACAGGGUUCAACACUAACUGUGAAAGAGAACGUUAUCGCGCUCUCGCUUGGACAGGUUUAAAAGUACGUGGUCUUUGGGUUCCCGUAUGCGCAUCGGACGGUUCUUAUGAGCCAAUCCAAUGCCAUCCUCAAUCAGGUUACUGCUGGUGCAUUGAUAAAGAAGGACAUGAACUAUUUGGUACUAGAGUUAAAGGAAAGCAAAGCUGCAGGAAUAUCAGAGGAGGAUUUACAAAUUGUUUAAGAGAUCAAAACAUAGCUCUUGCCUGGAAGGUAACUCGAGGAGUAAGUCAUUUCAGCCCUCGAUGUCGUUCUGAUGGUAGCUUUGAGCCAGUGCAGUGCCACGCAUCUACCGGAUACUGCUGGUGUGUUGACAGUAAAGGAAACGAGCUGUGGAGUACCAGGGUUCGAGGACGUAAACCUGACUGCACAAGAGGAGUUACCAAAACAACCUGCACCAAAGAGAGUGAAGAAGGAUCUAAUGAUUUACCGUCUAAUCAAAGAUUCGUACCUCUUUGUGAUUUCUACGGUGGAUACCGACCCAUCCAGUGCGAUAAUGAUGGCUACUGUUGGUGCGUCGAUAGAUAUGGAAAUGAAUUACCAAGAACAAAGAUCCAAGGAACUCCUCAUUGUGACUUUACUGCUGGUCUCACUCACUGUCAAAAAGAAAGACGGCUUGCUCUGGCCUGGACUGGAAAGGCAGCACCUGGCCGUUUUGUCCCAGAGUGUGACGCAGAAGGAAGGUAUGAGCAGGUUCAGUGUGAAAAGCACUCUGGGUAUUGUUGGUGUGUUGAUGAGAAUGGAAGAGAAAUACCAAGAACACAGACCAGAGGAACACCUGACUGUAGAAAUCCAGCCAAACUGACUGAGUGCCAAAAGGAGCGUCAUCAGGCUUUCCCUUGGUCUGGUCGCUUUGUACCAGAAUGUAAUCAAGAUGGCAGCUAUAAGCCAAGGCAGUGCUCAACAGGUCAAUGCUGGUGUGUCGAUAGAGAUGGCAAUGAAAUACAUGGCACAAGAGCAGAUGCACAGGCUAACUGUAAGAAUCAACCUACUCCAGGCUCACAAACCAUUUGUCAAAGAGAGCAUAAUGAAGCAAUGACACAAUUGCAAGGCGAUGCAGCUGGCAAAUAUGUACCAAAAUGCACAAGUACAGGUAGCUACAAACAAAUACAAUGCCACACUGGUACACCAUAUUGUUGGUGUGUUGACAAAUAUGGCAAGGAGAUCCCUCGAACACAAUCAAGGAAAAGACCAUACUGUGGACAUACUGCUGGUAUGACCCUGUGUCAAAAGGAGCGUCAGAUUGCUAUUGGCUGGACAGGUAUUGCUGCACCAGGUCAGUUUGUCCCUAAGUGUAGGCCAGAUGGUUCAUAUGACUUGGUACAGUGUCAUGUUUCAACUGGAUUCUGUUGGUGUGUCGAUAAAGAUGGAAAUGAAUUACCAACUACGAGAUCAAGAGGAAGACCUGUCUGUGCUCUUUUGGCUGGCUUAAGUCAAUGUGAACAAGAACGGCAAAGAGCUUUAGGUAUUCUUGGAGUGGCUCCACCUGGACGCUUUUUCCCUGCGUGUACAUCUACUGGAGAGUAUGAGAAGGUUCAAUGCCAGGAAUCUACUGGAUUCUGUUGGUGCGUUGACAAAUAUGGCCGCGAAACUCCCAAUUCCAGAGCAAGAGGGCGUGUUGUCUGUGAUUCAAUAGGUCUUAUCGUAGGUGUAGUAUCAGAUUGUAUAUUGGAACGCGAGCGUCUCACCGCUUCGUCUUUGAGAGACUUUCCUAUCCCUGUCUGUGACGAAAACGGACAGUAUCUCAGAAAACAGUGCAAUUAUGCCUUUGGUGUGCAGUGCUGGUGUGUGGAUAAAAAUGGCAACUUCAUCAGUGGUACUAAAGGAGACAAAAACAUCACGUGCACUGAACGAGACGUCAAAGGAAAGCCAACAAAAUGCCAAGAAGAGCGCGAUACUUCACUUAACUUUAAGGGAAGAGUAUCCUCUGUUGGUCGAUUUGUUCCUCAGUGUCUCACUGAUGGUAGUUAUCGUGACAUCCAGUGCUCAUCGUCUACUGGAGAGUGCUGGUGUGUUUUCCGCGAUGGUCUGGAGAUCCCACGAACGAGGACUUUUGGAAAGCCCAAGUGCGGUCGAGAAGCUGGUCUAACACCUUGCCGAAAGGAAAAUAUCUAUGCACGUGAUAUCCAAGGACGACCUCUUCCUGGUCGAUACCUGGCUGCAUGUGACUCGGAAGGAAACUACAAGAGCGUGCAGUGCUUCCUCUCUACAUGCUGGUGUGUUGAUAAAUUGGGACAAGAGAUUCCUAACUCCAGAGUUAAUGGAAAACCGAAUUGCGGCAUUAGAGGUGGUUCCCUCACAACUUGUCAGAGACAAAGACAGGCUGCUUUACAAAACACGGGACGUGGUCGAUUUAUCCCUCGCUGCGAAUCGGACGGUUCGUUUUCGCGCGUCCAGUGCCAAGGCAGCUUUUGCUUCUGUGUUGACAGGGAUGGCGUGGAGAUACGAGGAACACGAGUUAGCUUACCCGGAACUGCUAACUGUCAAGCACCUGCUUUCAAGCUUCCCACUAAAGUCGAAAGGCUCACCCCCUGCAUGAUAGAAUACCAACAAGGAAUGACCAACUUUGCCAACAACAAAUUCAUACCCCAAUGCAAACCCGAUGGUCGUUAUGAGGAGGUCCAGUGUAGCCAUGGCUGGUACAGCUGCUGGUGUGUUGACAUCAGUGGAAGAGAGCUAUCAGGAACCAGACAGAAGGGAUGGCCUAAUUGCACCCCACACCGUGCCGCCGAUGUUGCUUUCCUCGUGGAAUCCAGUGCCGUCAGUGGCAAUCUGCCAGUGUUCCAGUCUCUCCUCAACUUCACCAAAUCAAUAGUGGACCGCCUAGCCCCCAGUCCUCGUGGCGUUCAUGUUGGCUACAUUGUUUAUGGCGCUCAGCCUAACCUCGUUUUUGACUUCAAUGCGAAAGGCUCUCCAAUCUCAUCGAAUAAUAUCAAAUCGCUAAUAGAUUCAGCUGUGGCUGUCGCUGGAAGUCCGCGAAUGGACCUCGCUUUGAAAAUGGCAAACGAGAAGUUGUUCACACCAAGUGCUGGUGCAAGGAGUGGAGCUCCUAAGUUCAUCUUCCUGCUUACGGCGGCCACGACGUCACCAUCUGAAGGAGAACCAUCAUUCAAGGCUGCAGCUCAGCCUCUUAAAAACAAAGGCAUUAAUAUUUUAGCUAUUGGAAUGACAUCGAAAACCAAGCUCGAAGAUCUAAAAGCCAUUGCAAGCCACCCAGCUAACGUUUAUCGAUCUCCAUUUGGUGAUAUCACCAGAGUUGGGAAUUUUUUUCCGUCAGUUGUUCAAAACAUGGCUAAUGUUGUACAGGGAGCUGUUCGGGAUCCUCGUAUGAGAGAACAACCCUCUGGUGUAGAUAUUGGCUUCCUUAUUGGUGCUUCAUCAGCUACCACACCCCAACGAUGGAAACAGCUCUUAUCAUUCGUUAAUUCUAUAGUCGAUGGCUUCGACGUCACGCCACAGGGAGCCCAUAUUGGUGUAAUAUCGUCUGGUGAAACAUCCAAAGUUCGCAUCCGUUUUGACUUCCACACUGGAAUACCAUCAUCCUACAAGAAAAAACUUAAUCAGGCCAUUUCAAAUAUUCCUUACGUCCCAACAUCAUCUACAAGAUUGGAUAAAGGGCUGAAGCUUGCUGCUGAAUACUUGUUCAGAGAUAUAAAUGGAAUGAGGAAGUCUGUGCCCAAGUACUUGUUGGUAAUAACUGACGGUGACCAAACGGGCAAGAAUCUGCCAUCAUAUAUUCCACUGAAUCGCGCUGGACAGUCUGUCAAGGAUAGAGGUGUUUAUGUCUUGGCUAUUUCAGCACGACCCGCAAGUAACACCAACAUGAAUGAUCUGAGGGCUUUGGCUUCAAGUGACCAGGAUGUGUUUGCUCUAGCUCUUAGCAGUUUACCAGCAAUAUCACCUUUGAUCAUCAAUAACGUGAAAAACAACAUGAGAGGUCAAAUUUAUCCAGUUGAUAUAGGAAUUCUYAUUGGUUCGUCACGAUCAACUACUAAAGCCAGCUGGAAAAAUACCAUCAACUUUGUUUCAAAUCUUGUCGGUGAUUUUAACAUUUCACCACAGGGAGCCCACGUUGGCCUUAUAACAUUCCAAGAAACUCCAAGAGUAGCUUUCUCUUUCAAUACUUUACAAGGCAUGCGUCAGAAUGGAUACGAAGUACAGCGUUUAAUCAGUGGUUUACCAUUCAGACAAGGAUACACUAGGAUCGAUCGGGCACUACAGCUGGCUAACUCGUAUCUCUUCACUAAAAAGGGGGGAUCAAGGCAAGGAGCAGCUAAGAUACUUCUUGUGAUUGUCGACAAUGCUCAAACGAGAGAUCGUGGUCCCUAUACCGCCCUGACGACCGCCUCACAGCCUUUAAAAGACAAUGGCGUGAAUGUUUUUGCUCUUGGAAUCGGACGUCAGGUCCAGGAUCAAAACCUCAGGGACAUAGCCACUAAACCCGACAACGUCUUUAAGGCUGCUCCCAACCAAUUAACUGAUACCAAGAGAGCAAUAGAAAGGAAAUGGAGAACCUACCUGCGGGCACGAUGGCUUCCAGCUGAUAUUGCAUUUGUCGUUGAUGGGUCUGACAACAUCCAACCCGAGAGAUGGCAGCAAAUAAUCAAUCUCAUCAAACGAACCGUCAAUGCAUUCCAUGUGUCACCACCUUCGACGCAUUUUGCCAUGGUCACGUUUGGAGGCACUCCUAAAGUCAAUUUCCACUUCAACACACUACGAGGCGAUCAGCUCAAUCCUCAAGGAAUCAAGAGACUUGUUGAUAAUGCACAGUUGGUUGGAGGACAGGCAAAGAUUGACCGUGGGCUGCAGUUGGCUUAUAAAGACGUCUUUACCACAGACAAUGGUAUGAGGAAAUAUGCAGUCAAGUACCUUCUGCUCAUAACGGCAAGCCCACAAGCCCGAUAUCCGGCAUCUGUAUCUUUGCCUACGUUAUCACAAGGUCUAAAGGACAAGGGCGUUCAGUCCUACGUGCUAGCACUGGGACCUAAUGUUGAUCCUCGUGAACUGAAUGACAUUGCAUCGACCCCUGAGAAUGUAUACAGAGUGCCCUAUAGUGAUUUGCCACAGUUUGGAAAUCGCUUGUAUGCGGCCUGGAGAAACUACCCACGACUUAGAAAUCGUCGUCCAGUAGCUGAUAUAGGAUUUGUGUUCGGCACUUCAAAGAAAACCACAUCCAAAACAUGGAUUCGUUUCCUCAACUAUGCUAAACGAGUAGCAGAUGCCUUUAACAUUGGACCAGAUGGCGUUCAUAUCGGAGCAUUGACUUUCAAUUCACAGCCUCGUCUUGGCUUUAGGUUCGACACUCUGAGAGGUUCACGCUAUAACGCUGCAAAUGUGAAGGGUUUGAUAUCACGACUGCCAUUUACCACAGGAACAACGAAUAUUGGACUUGCUUUACGUGCUGCUAACAAGAAUCUGUUUAAUGUGAAAGCAGGCAUGAGACGGGGAGUGCCACGGUUAAUGAUACUUCUUGUCGAUGGCCGUGACAACCCGAAUCGUCCAGGAUACAUAACGCUCUCUAAAGAAGUGCAACCUUUGCGAGAAAAAGAUGUCAAGAUUUUGGCUGUUGGUAGUAUUCCAAAUGCAGAUAAAAAGCAAUUAGCCCAAGUGGCUUCUUCUCCACAGUACAUGUUUAUGGUGCUACCUGCAAGCCUAGAUGCAGAAACUCCUCGUAUAAUAAACAAGAAAUUUGACUACCUGAGAGAAACUCGCCAACCAAAAGCUGAUCGCUGGACCAAAUGUCAACGCGAGUAUCGUGCAUCAUUAAAGAACUACGUCUAUGGUCGAUAUGUACAACGAUGUAAGCCCGAUGGUAGCUAUGAGCCAGUCCAGUGCCAUAGUUCCAUCUGCUAUUGUGUUAAUCAAGAUGGCAUUGAAAUCGCAGGAACAAGGCGAUCAGAACGUUCACCACCAAACUGCCAAGAUGCUGCCCGCCGCCCAACGCCUUGUCAGAAACUGUACAACCAGGCUAAAAACAUCAAUUUAGGAGGAUUUAUUCCACGAUGCUGGGAAGACGGUAGCUUUAAGCUUGUACAGUGCAGCCCAUCAGGUUUCUGCUGGUGUGUCGAUGAAGAUGGAAAAGAGAAGUCUGGUACUAGAAGCAGAGGCUGGCCAAAAUGUGCCGUUAAAGGUCGACCAGUAAGACCAUGUGAGCAGCAGUUCGAAGCAUCCCUGGUCUAUGAAUCCUUUGGUUCAUUCGUACCACGCUGUAAACCCAAUGGACAAUACGAACCCAUGCAGUGUUAUGCAGGAGAGUGCUUCUGUGUAGACCAACUGGGCAGUGAGAUCGAGGGCUCUGCUACGUUACUACCACUUACGCCAUCUUGUCAGGAACCUGGUCGUAAACUGUCUCUCUGCCAGAAGGAAUACGAAAUGGCUCUUCAGAAGCACGUGCUUGGUCGAUGGAUUCCAAUGUGCCGGUCUGAUGGUAGUUACGAGUCUUUCCAGUGUGAUCGUGGAUGGUUCUGUUGGUGUGUCGAUGAGGAAGGACGAGAAUUGCCAGGAACAAGGAAACAAGGAUGGCCUGAUUGUGGUGUCAUAGGCUGGAAACCUAGCGAAUGUCAACGUCAUCAUCAACUGUCUCUGUCGAAUCUGGUCCCUGGCCGCUUUGUACCAAGAUGUCUGCCAUCAGGAUAUUACGAUGAUAUUCAGUGUUUUGGCUCUGUGUGUCUGUGUGUAGACAAAUAUGGAGUCGAAAUUCCUGGAACACUAAGACCACGCUUCAAGGAACCAAAUUGUCGACCAUUUGGUUGGGCAUUAACUCCAUGUCAGCGUCACAGCCAUGCUGCCUCACAUGAAUACCCCACUGGAGGAUUUGUACCCACUUGCGCUGAAGAUGGAUCGUAUGACCCUAUCCAGUGCUUCGGACCCGUGUGCAUGUGCGUCGACCAAUACGGAAUAGAAAUUGCCAACACUCGAACAAGUGUAUCUCAGAUACCAGACUGUACAGGUACCCGUCCUCCCAAGACGUCUUGCCAGAAGCAGUAUGCUGCCGCCCUGAAGGACACGUCCUCAAGUCGGGUCGUUGCAAGAUGUCGCCCUGACGGACAUUUUGAGCACGUGCAGUGUGAUGGACUUAUGUGCCAUUGUGUGUCGGAAAACGGCGAAGAAAUCUCGGGAACACGAACCCCAAGACCACUAAGGCCCAACUGCUUUGGAUCUCGCCCAACACCCUGCCAACAAGCCUAUAUCCAAGCUUUGAAGACCUAUGAAAAAGGACGUUACAUUCCACGAUGCAAACGUACUGGAGAGUACGAAGAAAUCCAAUUCUACGCCUCGUAUGCAUAUUGCGUCGACUCCAAGGGAAACGAAAUACAAGGAACAAGAGUGUCGCGGCCUUUCAGGCCAAAAUGUGAAAUUCCAGCUAAUCAAAUUCAUCCAGGCAAAUGUCCACUACCAUGGAAGGGACUGGAUGGUACUUGUGAUAGACGAGGAGACAUGUGUCAACGUGAUAUUGACUGCCCAGAUACAAAAAAAUGCUGCUUCAACGGAUGUCAAAAGGAUUGUGUACCUGGCGAUCCUGGUGGCCCGUGUGAAAAACCCGUCGACAUUGUCCUCAUCUUGGACUCUUCCGGUAGCAUUGGACGGAGAAACUGGAAACGAGUCAUCAAGUUCACCAAAAAAUUGGUCGAUUUGUUCAAGAUUUCACCACAGGGACCCCACAUAGCAGCUAUCUCUUACAGCACCAAAGCAGAAGUUAACUUCAAAUUCAUUUCUUCAAGCGGUUCGUAUCGUGACAGCGACGAAGCAAAGAGGCUGCUGGGACUUAUAAGGUGGCAGAGGGGAUAUACAUUUACUGACAAAGCAUUGCGUUUAGCUCAGACCGAUGUGCUGGUUGAGAAAGCGGGAAUGAGAACGUCGGUGACCAAGGCCGUAUUUGUACUAACAGAUGGUAAACAAACAAAAGAUAAAGGCAGUUUUACAGCUCUUAAUGUGGCGUCGGCUCCAAUCAAGGCUCUGAACGCCAAAGUUUACGCUGUCGGUAUUGGAUCCUCCGUUGAUGAGAAUGAACUUCUUCAGAUUGCUUCGGCACCGUCAUAUGUUUUUAGAGUUUCCUCCUUUAAGAAGCUUGACGAGAAGCUUGUGGAAUUAAGAAAUGCGGGCUGUAAAGGUGCACUAAUACCCGUUCCAACAACUGAACCAACUGAGCCUGUCACGCCGACAUCCGAUCCUUGUGAAAACGUUGAAUGUAGUUCUCCCCCCUACUCAGAAUGUCGCGUAAUAGAUGGUGUUCCAAAGUGCCAAUGCAGGCUUGGAUGUCCCUUAAUAUCAGCACCUGUUUGUGGUUCUGACGGUAAAACGUAUUCGAACGAUUGCGUCUUGAAAGCUGCUUCUUGUAAAAAUAAUAAACUCAUUACAAUUGCAAGUCAAGUGGCAUGCCCAACCACUGAACCAACUGAACCAACUGAGCCUAUCACGCCGACAUCCGAUCCUUGUAAAAACGUUGAAUGUAGUUCUCCCCCCUACUCAGAAUGUCGCGUAAUAGAUGGUGUUCCAAAGUGCCAAUGCAGGCUUGCAUGUCCCUUAAUAUCAGCACCUGUUUGUGGUUCUGACGGUAAAACGUAUUCGAACGAUUGCGACUUGAAAGCUGCUUCUUGUAACAACAAUAAACUCAUCACUAUUUCAAGUCAAGGAGAAUGCCCAGUAACUACAACACAGCCUUCUACAACAGCAGCUCCACCUACGUAUACAACGUCAGCUACCCCAGAACCUACAACUUCUUCAGCAACCAAACCAGUGACAAAGACUACCACCGCACAAGUUAUAAGACCAGAUACUUGUCUUGGGUACAAAUGUACGUCACCUCCCUACUCCAGAUGCAUCAUGAUUAGUGGCAAACCAACAUGUAUAUGCCAGUCUUGUCCAGUCGGAGGUGUACCUGGUUAUGUAUGUGGAUCAGAUGGGAACACCUACAUCAAUACGUGCCAGCUUAGAGCUAAAGCAUGCGUCACAAACAAAUAUAUCACAGUCGUUGGCCAAGGAAAAUGCCCUACGGUCGUACCAACUCCAUCAACAACAAAGAUACCUGUUUCGCCUGAAAAAGACACACCCGCUCGUACAACAGUGUCUCCAACGGUAACCCCUACGCCUGAAGUCAAAGUGGAAUGUGAGGAUAAGGUAGACAUAGCAUUCUUGAUGGACUCAUCUGGAAGCCUAGGUCGUCGAAACUGGAAAACUCUACAGAACUUUGUAAUUAGUAUCAUCGAUGAAAUUACUGUGAGCAGCGAUGGAAAUCACGCGGCUGCUGUGGUGUACAGUAGUGAUGCUAAGGUUGCAUUCGAUUUCAAUACCCUGCAAGGCUCCAGUGUCACAGCUGCAGAAUAUGGCAAACUUAUGAAUAAAGUGCAACUUCUGAGAGGAUUUACUUUCACUGACAAGGCACUUGCUUUGGCCAACAGUAAUAUAUUUACAAGGGCUGCUGGAAUGAGGAAAGAGGCAUCAAAGGUCAUCCUUGUAAUAACCGACGGACAACAAACAAAAGACAGGGGUGACUAUACUCCUGUAAAACAAGCAUCUCAGCUUCUGAAGGAUAAAGGCGUCUUGGUWUAUUCCCUUGGUAUUGGACCUGGCGUUUCCAAAUCAGAGUUAUCGGACAUUGCUUCAAAUGAAAAGUCUGUCUUCAUUGUUCCAACAUUAGAGGAUUUGCAGAUAAGAGUCMGACCGAUCUUAAACGCAAUCUGUGCGGAAGUUUCAGCUAAAGCUGCAAGAGCUAAACCAGCAGCACAACCAUUGGACGUUGGUAUUUUGCUUGAUUCAUCGGAAGAUGUGGCCACCCAAGACUGGGCUCGUAUAAAAACUUUUACUAAGAACUUUGURAGGCAAUUCCCUGAGGUGUCUCCAGGCGCCAAUGGCACACGGUUUGGACUAAUUUCCUUUUCCGAGGAACCAGUAGUUCACUUUAACUUCAGAACUCUCGAAGGCAAUCGUCUGAYUCCAUCUGCAGUCCAGAGACUCAUAGAAACUGCUCCUCGACAACCUGGAACUAAGAGAAGGAUAGAUACUGCUUUGGAACUGGCAGAGAAGGAUUUAUUUAGCGAUAARGGAGGCGCGCGAAGGAACGCUAAAAGGAGAAUUGUGCUGUUGAUGACCGGUCCUCAAGCAACAGAUMAACCUCACACACCACCUGAGAAGGUUGCCAAAAGGCUGGCUCAGAAUGGAGUCAAAAUUUAUCCGUAUGGAGUGGGACAAAGUAUUAACAAGACCCAAGUGUUGGCUUUGGCUGCUAAUGAAGAUGAUGUAACGCAGGUUGAAGAAUAYAAUGAGCUUAAACCCGCUGCCGCAGCAAUGUUAGCCACCAGGGUUCGAGAAGAAAAAAAGCCCACUCAAACGGCAGAUGUUACUCCAACCCCUGAAGCCAAACCAAAAGCGACAGAUUUAAUGUUCUUGGUUGAUAGUUCUAGAGGCGUGCCUUUUAACARGAUGAAGAGYUUYWCCAAAUCACUSUUGAGAUAUUUCMAGAUCUCUCCUGGAGGUACUCACGUAGCRUWCGCAGUGUACGCCAAUAAAGGGUCACUGAGAUUCUCAUUUCCGUCAGCCGAUAUACUACGGUACCGAUACAACACUGAAACGGUCAAUGAGAAUAUAGACGCGGUACUUCCUGAGACUGGAGAUCAGAGAAACAUGCGARGGGGUCUUCAAGUGGCACAGAUUGGAUUUAGCGACUCAAAAUAUGGUGCACGACCUGACGCAAGAAAGAUUUUAGUUAUCCUUUCCGGAGGUGACUUGGAUCCACGAUAUGCAGCACAAAGAGGACAAUUAGUGAACCAGUUGAGGAAUGGAAAUGUGGGGAUAUACGCUGUACGGGUAGGACGUCGUCGUGACCCAUCUCAAUUGAAUGGAGUGGUUAGCAGCCCCAGUAACGUAUUAAAUCCUGACACCUACGAACAGUUGCCAGCACAGACCCAACCGCUCAUGCAGGCUAUAGAAGGAAGGGAUCCAACUCGUGUUCCUGAAGCUACACCUACUACUCAAGGAAAGGCUCCAACUAGUGUUCCAGAAGCUACAGCGACUACUCAAGCAAAACCAAAGCCCAUAGACCUAAUGUUCUUGGUUGAUAGYUCUAGUGGUGUGCCUUUCAAAAGGAUGAAGAGCUUCUCCAAAUCACUCUUGAGAUAUUUCCAGAUCUCUCCUAAAGGUACUCACGUAGCGUACGCAGUGUACGCCUAUGGAGGAGCACUGCGCUUCUCAUUUCCGUCAGCCGGCCAACUGCGAUACGGCUACAGCAUUGCAACGGUCAAUCAGAACAUAGACACAGUCCGUACUAUGACUGGAGAUCAGAGAAACAUGCGUGUGGGUCUUCUGAUGUCACAAAUUGGAUUUAUGGACCCAAGAUAUGGUGCACAAACUGACGCAAGAAAGAUCUUGGUCAUUCUUUCCGGAGGAGAUUUGGAUCCACGAUAUGCAGCACAAAGAGGACAAUUAGUGAACCAGUUGAGGAAUGGAAAUGUGGGGAUAUACGCUGUACGGGUAGGACGUCGUCGUGACCCAUCACAAUUGAAUGGAGUGGUUAGCAAGUCCCAGUUCAAGAAGGGCUACUUCAAGAGAGAAUGA